AUGUCUGAAGAACCUGCAAAUUCAUCUCAAGAUAUCGGUAAACGACUGAGAGUAUUACGAUCAUGUCGAAAUCCGCAUAUAAGCACACGACCAUCAGCAGUGACUGCCAUUGAUGUUCGAGAAAAGUUGCGUAAACUCCGACCGAAUCGACAUUGCCCAUAUGGAAGUCGCAAUGUCGGUAUGAGGCCAAUUGUUCACGGUCAUCCAACUACAGAAAAAUAUGAACUACAUAUACAAGAGAGAUAUCGAACAGCUGCUAUCUGUGAAUGGGCUCGACGCUUACCACCAGCAGAACAACUCAGUCUUCUGCUUUACUCUCAAUCCGGUACGUUACGUUGA